AUGGCCGACGUGUCUGUCUACGUCACCUCUGCCCUCACCCUGAGUGAAAGACGUAUCCUGCCGCAAUGGGAGCUUGGCUACUUGAAGCAGCGGCUUGAACUCAUCACGGGAGUGGCCGCAGAAGACCAGCAGCUUCAGUACUUCCCUGAGGAAGACUCACAGGAGCACCAAACGUGGAUUGGAGAUGACUCCACCACCUUGGCCCACUUCGACAUCCGUCCCUAUAGCCGUAUCCACGUGGUUGACACCAACCCCGACCUGGAGGCGGCGCAAUUGAAUGAGGCCGCCACUAAUGUCGACAAUCCUUCCUACGAAAUGACUGACGAAGAAUACGCCCGCCGCGGAGACACCGUGCUUGAAUGGAAGAAGAAGCAUCAAUUGGGGCGGUUUGAUCCAAAGUUCGACGAAGAAACAGCCCGUCGUAAUGAAGAAAAUGUCGCUAAGGCACUGACGAUGAAAGCGGGCGAUCGUUGUCGUGUUAUCAAUAUUGAGGGUGAACGUAGGGGUACGAUUCGCUACGUGGGGCGUAUCGAAAUUUUGGAUGAGGGGAAAUCGAUGUGGGUGGGUAUAGAGUUCGACGAGCCCGUGGGCAAGAACGAUGGGCUGAUCGGUGGCACCCGGGUGUUCCAGACUCGGCCCAAACACGGAGGGUUCGUACGGCCAUCGGUGGUAGAAGUUGGAGACUUCCCAGAGCUUGAUCCGUUUGCCGAUUCAGAUGAAGAACUUUAA